AUGGAGCUUGUAGCCGAGGGCAUUACUGGUGGUCUUGGGGGGUUGCUGGGGCGAGCAGCCGCCUUCCCCUUUGACACCCUCAAGGCGCCGUGGACCCGCCGAUGUGAAGCUUGCAACGAAGAGCGUGUGGACCUCUGCGAUGAUGAUGAUGACGAUGGAGCACUACCCCCUGAACUACCUGAAGAAGGACUUCAUGGUGGAGACAGCUUCAACGAGCCGGAUGAUGAAGCCGGUGACACCUACCCCGAAGACGAUGAUGAGGAACUGGCGGAGGCCUACGGCACUGGACCUCCUCGAGGACUUCGUCUUGGUCGGAAUGGGCCCCGUCAGAGCCCCUCUGCUCCCCGAGCGUCCGGCUCAGGAGCAGGCAGUUCGCCUUCGAGCACCCGUUCGAAGGCAGCUCAUGAGGAUGGAGGACCACGACAUCGACCACGAGGCAAUCUGCCUCAGGCCCCGGCCUUCGAUGGAGACCGGAAGAAAGAUGUCAAAUGCUUCAAGCAUUGGGUGCAGAAAGUCGACUCGUACAUCGAGAUCGCCAAGAAGAUCAUCGACGACUCGGAGAUCGGACUUCGCCUCCAUGCUGCAUUAGAAGGUGAUGCAGCCGAGUACUUGGAAGACGUGCCUGCCCGCACGUUCGGAGUCCCUGAAGGCUGGCGCAUCCUCAUCCACGUCUUGCAGGAGAAGUUCGACGAGAAGAGGAUGCACAAGGUUGGCUCUGCAAUGCGCGGCUUCUUCCGGAUGACCGUCAACGACAAGAGCAGGACCUUGGCUGAAGUUGGCGACAUGCUGGACAAGGCUGCGAGGCAGUGCAAGGAAGCCGGCUUGGUGAUCCCCGACGAGGUCAUGACCUACAUGUUCUUCGAGCACACCAAUAGCAGCUUGGAGCGACAGGCCAACAUCCUGUUGCGGACCGGAGGCGGCUAUGAGUGGAAGAAGAUCAAGGCCGCCGUGGACCUCCUCUACCCUCAGACCUAUGUCAACGCUCGCCGUGGCGCUUUUGACCAAAACACUGGUCGCGGCUAUGGCAAGUCAAGGACAGCACACGAGACUCAGGGCCACUGGGAUGGCAAUGAGACCUACGACACCGAGGUCGACCUGGAGACAUGGCUGGAGAAGGAAGACCCCGUUCAGACAGACUUGGCGGACGCGGACGUCGAGUACCUUGCCCGACAGUUGCAUGAGGUGUUUGCUACACACCGUGAGAACAGGCAGAAGCUGGCGCAGGCUGUGAAGGCCAGAGGCUUCUACCUGAAGAACAGCCACGGCAAGGGCCGCGGCAAAGGUGAUCCACAGUGCAAAGGUCCCAAGAAGGCGCACGAGACCAGCAACUAUGACCUCGACUAUGAGGACGCUGCAGAGGGCUGGGACGAUGCCUUUUGGGAUGGAUGGCAGGAAGAUGAAGAACACCAGCGUGAAGGUUGGAUGACUGGCGGUGGCUACGACCAGAACGAGCUCUACAGCCAGAAGAUGCCAACUACUUCGUCUCCUAAGUCUUCCGACUACAAUGCACAGGCGAAGCCAACAAAUUCGUCAACCGUCUACCGCACUCAGAAGGUGGACAAGUCCGACAUCAAGCUGGAAGCCCAAGACGCCUUGGAAGUGGUGCGAGACAUCAACCGCAUGAAGCGGAAGGUUCGCUCAGCAGAGCCAGAUCCGACUGGCGAAGGGCAGAAGACCGAACCAUCCAAGGCUGCAUCCGUCCUCCUGGCCGAGCAUGCCCGCAGCAAGGACAAGCCCUUCGACGUCUUCACCGCGACGGCAGAGGUGCAGAAGCACAUGGAUGAGAAGCGGAUGAAGGCUCGCGGCCAUGCAUCGACUGCGCCGGAGGCCAUCAAGGAAGCACGAGAACGUCUUGGACUCCCUCAAGCAGAUGACGACCUUGGCUUCUCAGUGUGGGAUUUACUACGCCCACCGUCUUCCUCCUCGGCAACCUCGGAUGUCGACUUGGACAAGCUACGAGUGGUGCUGACAGUCAAUGCGGAGAGACCACAUCGCGAAGUACCAGCACACGGACUUCCUGGAGAAUGCCUACCUCGAGGCCUUCCACACGAUCGACCUCUACCUGUUCACAUGGUGCAGUACUCCCCCAUUGACUAUGACAUCACCUCGGACGAGGACGACAUGGCGGAGAUCACUUGGUGCAACCCUCGUGGCGCAUUGAGCAACACGAGAAUGAGGCCUACCGUGCAGAAGAACGGCGCCUACCUCACCAUUGACACUGCAUGUGAGAACACCGUUGGUGGCCUCACCCAGCUCCGACAUGUCGCGGAGAUCUUGCAGCGCAAGUUCGAAGUCCGGCCCCUGGUCACUGAGGAGAAGGAAUCCUACAGGUUUGGUCCUGGAGAUCCUCGCACCUCACUUCACCGAUGGCACGUGCCGGUAGGCAUCGGUGGACGACCGACAGUGAUCAAGACGUCCACUCUGGACGACACGGACCCCAACAGCGGCAAGAUCCCCUGGCUGGCUGGACAAGACUGGCUGAGGCUCGUUCGAGCCGUGAUCGACGUUGGAGAGCAGAACUACCUCAAGGCCUUAGACGCCGCUGCGGAUCUUUUUGUAGACCACACCGGACAUUUGGUUGUGGCAGUUGAUGAUUUUCCGGCUGCAGGCUGGCCACAAGACCGCACAGCAUGCCAUGACGGCUACGCUGGAGUCCUUUGGGCCACAGGAAAAGUCUAUACGCAGCCCUCCAACGUGAGCACCCAUGUCUACAACCCUGAGGAUGAUCCCUUCUCUGAUGGCGUAGUCACUAUGAGGAUCACCAUCAAGCAUGGGUCUAACAAAGAAUUGGUGGACACUUGGGAUGACACCCCUCAAUCUGAAGCACCUUGGACGGGCUACACCAUCCUCUUCGGCCGUGACUGCGACUCGACGCUCGACAUUCAUGCAGUCAUGAAGCCCUGGCAACCAGCUGGUGUAGAUGUGAAAGCUCACGUCCCUGGCGACCACGAGACGCAGCAAUGGGGACGCUUGGUGCGCAGCCUCCUGACCUACAUCCACGUGGUGCACAAGAUGGUGGCUUCAACGAAGGCGGUGAGAGAGUUGAAGUAUCGCUCACCGGCGCUGAUGGGCUAUGCCGAGGCUCUGGUCGAGAUGGAUGCGACCUACAUGGAGGACCUUCCACCGGCUUUGCCACCGGCAACGACCUUGGCUCGCGGACAGACGCCCCAUCCGAUGAACCUGCACUACCGGACUCAGCCGGACAGAUGCCCACACCUCCUCGAACAUGGAAGGAGGUAUGGAAACGCCCAUGGCAAGUUUUUGGAGUGCGUCAACUGUGGGAUGGUGUGGCGCGGCUUGGACUACACGAUCCCGCUGAAGAACGAGCUGGUGACCGUGUACAAGGUCUUGGUGGGAGUUCGCGAUCGACCAGGCGGCAAGGUCAUCAAGGGCGCGACAGCACGCCCGGAACCUUCAAUAAAGGCUUCAUCCAGCAAAUCCUCUGGCUACUCGUCUUCCUCGCGACAUACGUCUACGGAGAUGGCCUAUGGAGCUCCGGACUUCAAGGACAUCAAGGCCAAGGCGAAAGCCAAGGUGAAGGAAGAGAAGAAGCCCACUGGCACGAAGAAGACUUCGACCAGAGUGCCCGUGGUCUACUCGCUAGAUGAACCUCUUCAAGCCCAUAAGCUGAAGCCUGGACAACAGAAGCGGAUGAAGAACAUGGCCCGGCAAGCUUUGUCAUCUUCGAAGUGGCAACAGAAGAUGGUGAUGCAGAAGCUUCAGAAGUCCAAGUGGCCACGUUCCAACUUCCGAUUUGACCUCAUCGAAGUGUUCGGUGGAUCUUCCAUGGUCACGAUACGUGGCACCACCUUGUGGAGGAUGAGGGCGCUUCAACCCUUGGACAUCCGGUACGGUGUGGAUCUUCGGCAAAGAUCAAUGAGGAGAUGGCUGCUUCAGAACCUCAAGAAGACCCCGGUUCGCUUGGCCAUCGUGGAGUACCCCUGCACACCGUGGACCAUCCUGCAAAGGAACGUCAACUAUAAGGACAAGCCCGAGGAGUUGGAAGCUCGACAAGAACGUGACCGACCCUUCUUGAAGCUGACGGAGGACAUCUUCUCCGUCCAGGUACAGAAUGGAGGCCAUGCUCUACGCGAGAACCCCGCGACUGCAGAUUCACAACGGCAACCUGAGAUUCUUCGCCUUCGGGAGAAGUACUAUGAGACCAACAGUUGCCUCUGCAUGUUCGGGUUAGUUGGGAAGGCUGGCAGGCCUAUGAUGAAGCGGGUUCGCUUCAUCGCCACUCACUCCUACUUCAUUGAAGAGCUGGACGCACAGUGCGAUGGCUCGCACCAACAUGAACCCGUGCAAGGUUCCAAUACUGCAGCCUCAGCAUGCUACCCACCUUUUCUGGCAGACGCCAUUUGUCGCGCCUUCUGGAGAGUGGUUGAGCAGGAAGACUUUGGCACCCAGACCUUCAACGAGGAGGAGGACUAUAAGACGGCUUGGUUCGUGGACGCGGACAAGUCCGAGGACAAGUGGCGGCCUUUGUUUGAAGAGGCCAUGGAGGUCUUGGGUCGCAAGAACCAAGGCAGCAUUUUCGUGCCGCCGGAUUCACCUCUCUAUGCCAAGAUCUCGGCAUUGGUUCCUUGGCAAAUCAUGAACAUCCAGUUGGCACACCUGCCAAAAGCGAAGCGAGUUCGACCUGGACUAGAAGAAUGCCAUCGCUGCUCGGUGCUACUACAUGCAGAUGAUUCACUCACCAUCGAGACCGAGCACCUCAAGACGGCGCAGGCCCCAAGGGAACGAUUUGUCUACCCCGUGAGGCUCGGCAUCUUCGUCCUGGGCUAUCCUCCAGGAGACCCAGCAGAACCCGCUCCUCAACAAGAACCUCCAAGGCAAUCAGCGCAAGCCGACCCGACAGUGGACCUGGAAUCGCCAAUACUGACCAAGCAGUCCGUUGGCGGAGAUGAGCAAUGGUUCAUUGGUCCACCUCUCAACAACAAGCAGAAGAAGUUGGCCCCAAUACUGGCAAAGCUGCACAAGAACUUGGGCCACCCUUCACAAGCCGACCUGACGAGGGCCUUGAUCCAAGAUGGAACAGUUGAGCCCGAUGCGACUGAACUUAGCCGCAGGUUGAGAUGCGCUACCUGCGAGAGAACCAAGAAGCCUGGAAUACCAAGGCCCACCUCGUUCAAGGUCAUUGGCUCCUUUAACAGUAAGCUCUGCCUGGACUUUGUCUACGCCCCGGAUGCCAACAAGGACAACUUCGCCUUUUUGCACAUCCUGGAGCCCAACGGUUCCUUCAACGUGUUUUGGCCAUGCCCCACACGAGAGCCUGGCCAGAUCUUCGACCUGGUGACCUUGUUGUGGUGCUCCUGGGCAGGCUUUCCCAAAGAGCUUUGGAUUGACCAGGACGGCGCUUUCCAAGGCGAGUUUGCAGAGCGCAUGAGGAACAUGGGAGUCAACAUAGACUGCCCCCCUGCUGAAGCACAUUGGCAAGUGGGACAGAUCGAGGCAUAUAACCGUGCCUUCCAACACGUAGCCUCCAAGCUCGUGGAUGCUUUGAACCUCGCUGGAGAGCGAGACAUGCGCACUCUAGCUUGCGCCGUUGGCGCAGCCAUGAACGACCGGAUACGGAGCGCGGGAUGCUCUGCCUACCAGUGGGUGUUCGGCAAGAGUCCUGUCCUGCCACAGGACAUUCUGUCGCCGGACGGCAAGUUUGAGGCGCUGCAGGCCAUGGAGCUGGACGAUGAGCUCAAGAAGCGCGCCCGCACACGGGCUUUGGCCGAUGAGAAGCUUUCUGCCUAUCGCCUCAAUGAAGCGGUGCGUACCGCCAUCCUUCGUAAGUCACACCCAGCGAAGGAGCUUUACCAUCCAGGUGAACUGGUCGCCUUUUGGAGAGAAGCCAAAUACAGGCAAGGCAAGAAAGGGCAGAAAGGGAAGCGCAUUCCAGCUUCCUGGUACAGAGGCACCAUCAUCGGGCCUCACAAGGGUGACUCUUCGGUCAAGCAAAGCAACUACUGGGUCGCUUCUGGAGGCCGCUGUGUUCUGGUCGCUCGAGAACAACUUCGACCCGCCUUUGGAACAGAACUUUGGCCCGUGCAUGAGCACAUCCUCCAGGAGUUCCAGGAGAACCCUCCGGACAAGUACUACGACCUGAGAAGUAGCGAUCUGCCACCGGUUCCGGAGGAUGAUGACCUCAAGGAUGGUGAAGACCAGAUCCCUCUUUUCCAAGAUGACGAUAGUGUCUUCAACGACCUCAUCGACGAGUUCCCUGAGGAGCAGGAGGCAGAGAUGGAGACUGAUGAAGCUGAUCAACAUCCACCACCUCCAGAACCAGAUGGAGCCGCUUCGACAGGUUCCGAUCUGACUACUCUGGCGGCCGGGACUUCAACAAGAGCACCAGGGACGCCAGUGACAGGCAUCAUCAGGCCUCCCUCGUCCCGAGAAGAAUCCCUAGCACCUCCAAAGAGAUUGAAGACCACACCAAGUGGUUCACAGGCAAGUAAUCCACCAGAAGAACCUAUGGUCUUAGAACCUGCAACACCACCUGGAGAGCACAACGUGGAGCUGGUGCACACCGAUGACAAGUGGAAAUGGCUUCCUGACCGUGCACUACUUCUCCGACAACGCCUUCGACCACGUCGAGCCCUAUACGACCCUGGCCGUGUCCGAGCACUUCCACUUCCCUUGGACAAAUGGAGAACCAAGAGAGUGACAUGGAUGAAAACCGACACCGGCUGGACUAAGCACGUGGAUGAUUGGGUCCAACGUGGAGCCGAAGUCAUGGGCAAGGUCUGGACUGGCGUGACCAUCUUCUCCAUCAUCGACAAGAAGAGCCACGUCAUGAUGAUCCACAACGUGCUGGAGAUGCAGUCCGAGAUCAGCCGUAAAGAGCGCAAAGCACUUGAGAAGGAGCUUCCCUGGAGUGCAAUUCCUGAAGACCAACGGGAGCUCUACCGACAGGCGCUGGUCAAAGAAUGGACAACCUGGCUUCGCUACGAGGCCGUUCGUGUGUUGAGUUGGGACUGCAGCCGACAGGUGGAACUGUCCUUUGAUCCCGCUCGGAUCUUGGCGGCUCGGGCGUGCUACCGUGACAAGCACGCCGCAACGCCCUGGUUGGAGAUCAAACCAAAGGCCGUCUUCCUCUUCUACCAGGACAAGCGACUGGUUGUGGCAGUUGGCGCACACGUGGAUGACCUUCUAUGUGUGGGCGAGCCUGGAGUUGGAGACAAAGUCCUUGAACGUCUUCGAGCCCAGUUUGACUUUGGUGAAUGGAAGGACAUCAGAGAGGAGCCAACUUUGAUUUAUGGCGGCAAGGAGAUUUCCAAGAAGGGCGACAUCAUCACCCUGUCGCAAGAAGCUUUCAUCAGGGCUUUGACAUUGACACCCGUGCCGAAGUGGAGGACCAUCAUGAAGGACUCGGCACUCAACGCCCAAGAAACCACCGAGCUCAAGAGCGGUGGAGGCUGCUUGCAUUGGCUUGUCGGACAGACACGUCCCGACCUGGCCGCAGGAACAUCCUUGAACAUGGGUGGAAAUCCUACCAUCCAGAACCUCCUCGCCAUCAACAACCUCUUGAAGGAGGCAUUGAAAUCAAAGGAUUGGGCACUCCAAUUCCGGCCAUUGGACUUGACGAAAGCCCGCAUCAUCAGCUUUAGCGAUGCAUCAUGGGCGAACACGGACGACUUGAAGUCCCAGGCUGGCUAUUUGGUCUUCAUCACUGGCCCAGAGGUCUUCACCUUGGCCGGCGAUGUGGCGAACCUGGUGGAAUGGAGGUCACACAGGAUCCGUCGCAAGUGCAGAUCUACGCUUGCUGCGGAAACCAUGGGAUUGGACGCUGCCACAGAUGCAGUGUUGUUCACGAGGGAGCUGCUGGCCGAGAUGCUCAUCGAGAGCUACCAGCCGACGCAAUCGGGUAGAUUGGCGCCCGAGAUUUUUCCAGCAGCCACUGCCACAGACUGCCGCUCGCUCUACGACCUCCUGGUGAAGGACGGCCCCUUGGGAAGCACUCAGGAGAAGCGCCUGACCUUGGACAUCGGCGCAUUGCGAGAAGCGGCUGAAGAGUUGGAGCCCUCCGGAGAGAACGUCAAGGACGUCUACAAGUGGGUCUCGACACACGUUCAACGUGCUGACCACUUGACUAAGAUCAAGCCCCAGCAUGAGCUGAGGAAGAUCCUUGACGAAGGGUCCAAUGAAGUGUGCCCUGCUGGCCGUGGCAUGGCCGCUGCAUGUCUCGGCAGUGCUGCUGGCCAAGCGCCCGAGAGAGAUGCAAGAUCUGGUGUCUCGGUGUGGAGCGAACAGGGCGGUUCUGGAUGGGAAAGAAGAUGCAUGAAGGAGGCGGUCCAGCCCUUCGGCAGCGAGGCCGAUGCCUUCCGGGCUCCCCACGUGGAGCUGAUCAACAAGACCAGCGUCAGUGUGGAGGCGCUGGAUGAGUGCAUGUGCGGCCUGGGAAGCUUUUGGCACAGCGAGCUGCAGAAAUGCCUCCCUCAGCAGUCCAAGGGUCUCAACUGCGGCGGCAUGGGCUCGCCCCGGCUCUGGCCCGCGGUGUGUCAGGAUGGGCUGAUUUGCAAGAUUCCCAUGGAGUUCGACAGUGAUGGGAAGUCAGAUGAUGCUUCCAUCUUGAAGCAGGCCAUGUGCAUGGACUGCGACCCCAACGACCAUUGUCAGUGGGGUAUGGAGCGACACGAGGCCUUUUGCCCCAAGGCCUUCGCGGUCAGUGGCCCGGCCUGCGCCACGGUGCGCGUCACGGUGCCCCAUGCCCAUGUGAGGAUGUCGGUGGAGAAGACAGUCACGGUGAAGGCGGUGAGCACGAAGAGUGCUCACGCCAGUGCCAAGGAGACCGCCACUGUCCGGCAAAGCAACAUCGAGGCGGAGGCCACGGAGUCCGCCACGGCCAAUGCUUCAGCGACUGCCAACAGCAGCGAUGUGGCGGGGUGGGAUCUGAAGUCGGGCCAAGAGCCCACGUCUUCCAAUGCCACUGGCAACGCCUCUGCCCAGUCUGAGCAGGCCGGCGAGUCUGCCGGUGACGCGUCUGCCGGUGACGCUGCUGCCGGUGACGCUGGUGAUGGUAGCAGGAGCGGGUGGGACCUGCGGAAGUCGGGAGAGGCAAAUGCAACUGCCAACUCCUCUGCCAAGUCGCAGGCGGCAGAGAACGCCUCCGAGGCAGUGACCACCACGACGGAGGCACCCAACCCCUAUUGGAGCAUCCUCCAGGAGCACCAGGAUGCCCGGCAGGCUGCCGAGAGAGGUGCGCCGGAGACCGAGACCGAGACCGGGGAGGUGCCAGCCACCGUGAAAGCGGACGCCACGGCGAAGGCCAACGCCACUCGCUCUGCCUCGGCGGGUGCCACCGUCACGGGCGAGGCCACGGCAGAGCUUACAGUGCCCUUCACGCAGAGUGCCAUCAGGAGCAGCACCAAGAGCGCCAUCGGCGAGGGCCUGGCGCAGGGCAGUGCUGUGGUGAGCGCCUGCAUGCCGCCGCUGCCGAUGACGCGCACGCCCGACCCGAAGGUGGCGGCACAGGCGGCCGCGCAGGCACUGGAGGCGGCCUUCCGCUACGCGGCCAACACCGCGCUGGGCCGCGCCUUGGCCAAUGCCCAGGAGACCGCCAAGAAGCAAGCGAUCGAGUCUGCAUCACAGAAGGCGACGCAGGCCGCCACCGAGGCCGCCACCGCGGCGGCCAAGGCGGCGGCCACCGCCGCGACGGCCGCCGGGGUGGAGAGCCACGCCGCCGAGGUCGUCACGGAGAAGGCCAAGGCGAAGGCUGUGGAGGUGGCCCGAGCGGCGGCGCGGGAGAUCGCGGAGGCCAUGGCGCAGCGGAAGGCCUCUGAGUUGGCCGAAGCGGCUGCGCAGGAGGAAGCCGAGCGCUUGGCCAAAGAGAAGGCGCGCGAGGUGGCACAGAAGAACGCCGCCAAAGCCGCCGAGGAAUCCGCCAAGGAAACCGCGACCUGGCGUGCUCGACGCCAAGCGAAGCGCCAAGUGGAAGACUGGCUCAAGUUGGCCCAAGAGGAGGCCGAAGUGAAGGACGCUGAGGAUGCCACGCUCAAGGCCAAGGAGGCCCAGGCGGCCGCCGAAUGGGCCGCCACCCAGCGUGUGCAGCGCGAGGCUGAGGAAGCAGCUGAGGAAGGUGCGGCGAUGAUGACGACCCUUGGCAUUCCAGAAAAGCAUGUGGUCGUGAUCCUUGUGGUUCGUUGUCUUAGUGGCUGGGACAUGCAUGCGGCUGUCAAAUUCCUAGGCGCCCCGAUCCAUGCUGCGCAGGCAGGUCUGAAUGGCUCCGCUGGGCUCGCCAGCUGUUCGCAGCGGCUCGAUGGCUCUUUGCUUGCCGUGCUCAAGCAGAUUAUUUCGCAGGAGGGCGUGCUUGGGCUCUAUCGCGGUCUUUUGCCUUUCUCGGCCCUGGAGGCCACUGAGCAGAAAGCGAUGUACGUGCUGAACUAUGCUGCCAUCAAAUCCUUCCUCCGCAGGCUCUUUGGGCAGGAGCUGGGGAUGUUUGCCACCGUGCUCUGCGGCUAUUUGAGCGACCUGCUCUGCGUGCCCAUCAGCAUGCCCAUCGAGGCGCUGGUGGUGCAGCUGCAGACGCGGAAACCGGAGAUCUCCAAGGCCGAAGUGGUCCGCCAGGCUCUCUUCACCUGGGAGGGCCUAGCAAUGGCCUUGAAGUCUGGUAAAGCGUAUUUCGUGCUUUCUUUAAAGCCGGGCAUUGAGUUUGCCCUCUUCGACCGGAUCAAGAGCAUGAUUCUCAAGGGCUACUCGAAGAAGGAACUGCGACCACUUACGGCCUUCUUCCUGGGUGCAGUUGCACGUGCUGUGGCCACGUGCAUGGUGUACCCUUAUGUGAGAGGAAAGGCCUUGUCACAGGCAAAGCUGGCCCCCAAUGCCACUGCAGCCUUGCGCAAGGUCUUCGCGGAAGAAGGCGUUGCAGCACUCUACCGUGGUCUCAGCAUGGAGAUCAUGCGAGGCAUGACGCAGUCCGCGGUCAUGUUUGCCGUCAUGGAGCGGAUCCGCUUGUCGGUGCGCGCAAAGCUUCUGCGCACGAACAAUUGA